UUAGCACUAGCUUUAGGCGACCUAGUGGAAACAAAACAAACAAAGAAAUGCUCAAUUCACUCUUGCACUUCAUCUCUUGAGGAUUUCUCGAAUUGUUGUAGAAGAAACAAACGGAGCAUCCCUAAACUAUUCAUAUUAAUUCUAGUGCCAGCGAUGGAAAGGUACACGUCAAUAAAUUGUGAAGAAUUUGUAAGGAUGGGUCUCAAUCCAUCAAGAAAGACAGGAGGGGGAAACGCUGAGGGUCACAACUUCUGGGCUAGCAAAGGAGCUGAUAAGGAUUUGAAGCAAAUAGACUCUAUAUUUCAGCGAUAUGCAGACAAGGACUCGCCUGAUGUUAUAGGCCCUGAAACAAUAGAAAGAUUGUGCAUGGAUCUGAAAAUUGAGAUAAUGGAUGUCAAACUCCUAAUGCUUGCUUGGAAGAUGCGAGCUGCACGGCAGGGAUAUUUUACAUUGGAGGAGUGGCACAGAGGCCUUCAAUCAUUGAAAGUCAAUACCAUUGAUAAGUUGAAGAAUUCACUUCCUGCAUUAGAGCAAGAGGUCAUGCGUUCACAAAGCUUCUGGGACUUUUAUACUUACUCUUUCCAGUACUGUCUGACAGAAGAUGGACAAAAAUAUCUGGACAUAGAAAGUGUCUGUGAGUUGCUGAAGCUGGUAUUAGGAAAUCGUAAUCCUGCUCAGGUUGAAUCUUUGAUAGAAUUUUUGAAGAAUCAGGAGGAUUGUAAAGCCAUUAUUCUUGACCAGUGGCAGUGUUUUCUAAGCUUUUUUGAUAAGAUCAAUUAUCCAAGCUUUGAUAAUUAUGAUUCAUCUGAUGCAUGGCCUUUGCUUUUGGAUGAUUAUGUUGAAUGGGCACAAAAGAGGCCGAGUUGAGACAAACACUACUUAGCACUAACCAGAUGCAUAUAUUGCUUUUGCUUCUGAAACUCGGUUAUAAAGAUUACUUAUGGGAAAUGACAUUUCUUUUUAAAAAUCUGUCAAUUGUCAUUUCCGGUUCUGAUGCUUGGUUCUCAGUUCUAACUAUUAAUCUAUUUUUCUCCAUAUUGGGACAGUAACUUGGGAUGAGAACAGUGUGGUGGUCCAUCUGAUGACUUGUUAUGUUCUAGCUUGUCAUAUAGAAAUCUUUCAAUAUUGUGAAAAUAAAGUAUUUGUAACUUAUGUACAUAAAAUUAAUAAGUAUAUAAAUAGAUUUAAUGAUUUUUCCUA